CGCCACCAGAUGUCGCCCUGUCUUCUGCUACGACUGGUCAACGUUUCUCCUUCGGCUGUGAAGUUUGUUCUCCUGCGCCUACCGUAGUUGUAGUAACAAACAUGGCGUCCGACAGUGACAGCGACGAGGAUUUUGUGAGUUACGGGACUCCUUUGGAGCCGCUGGAAGAAGACGAGCCGUUGAAGAAGCCGGUUCCGCUGCACGAGCAGACGGUGAAGGAUGAGAAGGGACGGUAUCAGAGGUUCCACGGGGCGUUCACUGGAGGGUUUUCGGCCGGUUAUUUCAACACUGUCGGCACUAAAGAAGGCUGGGCCCCGUCAACCUUUGUGUCAUCACGGCAACAGAAAGCAGACAAACUUCAUGCCAGACCAGAAGACUUCAUGGACGAGGAGGACCUCGGCGAGCACGGCAUCGCUCCCAGAGAGAUCACCACCAGCCAGGAGUUCUCGUCCAGUCGCAGAGACAAGGCCAGUGAGAAGGCGAGAGCCGUCAGCGCUCAGGCGGCGCUGAUCCCCGGAGACACUCUGCUGGAGGAGCUGAUCGCACCUGCCAGGUUGUCCAUAGGGGUGGAGCUGCUGAGGAGGAUGGGCUGGAAGGAAGGUCAGGGUGUCGGCCCUCGUGUGAAGAGGAAAGCUCGCCGACAGCCGACGGAUGGAGGUAGCAGAGUUUACGCCUGUGUGCUGCCCCCCGCUGGAUCAGAGGACUCACAGGACGAAGACGAUGAGGAGUUUGCUCCAGAGAACGUGACCUUUGCCCCGAAGGACGUGACUCCGGUGGACUUCAACCCCAGGCUGGGGGUUCAGGGUCUGGGGUACCGCGGCCUGGACCCCAGCCUGGCGCUGCAGGGCCGAGGAGCGCCCGAACACAUCAACCUGUUCAAGCCGCAGUCCGAGACCAGGAGCCGACUGUUCGGAGACGCGCAGGGAGGCCAGCGGAGAGGGGGCGUGGCGGGACAGGCGUUCGGGGUGGGCGCCCUGGAGGACGACGACGAAGACAUUUACCACAGAGACUCCAUGUCCAGGUAUGACACGGAGCUGGGAGGAGAGGAGCCCGGAGACGGCCUGUACGGCUGGACGGCCCCACAGCAGUACACCAAGAAGAGAGAAAAAAGCAAAGAUGCGUCGUACCUCGGCAAAAUCCUGGAGGGAUUCACUCUGGCUCAAAAACCGUCUGAGGAGAAAACGAUCUUCCCUCCGCCCUCUCUGCCCAGAGACUAUCGCCCCGUCCAUCGUUUCCGUCCGUCAGUCGAUGUUUCUCAUCUUUCCGGGGUCAGUCCUGCGCUGGCAGAGGCUCUGAGGGCCUCCAGGGGCCACAUGGUUAAAGAGGAGCCCCAACAAGGAGGACGCCACCAGCUGGACUCCGGCCAGAGGGGGGCGCUGCUGGGAGAAGACACCCUGCAAGGUCCCAGUUCAGUCAUGGAGCUGCUGAAGGCUGAAGACAGGGAGCGACUGCUCAACCUCCGCAACUCCACCAACGUGCUCUCCACCAAAACCACCACCAACCCCCCGCACUCCCAUGGCGCCCCGCGGUCGUCGGGCAGGUGGGACGCGACGUCCGCGGCCGCCUCCGGCCUCGAGCAGGAGGCUCUGGCCGUGUGGAAGGGCGUCCAGACCUCCUCACAGACCUUCAGACCGUUUGAGAAGAACCCCAGCAAACAGGCGCGCUACGAGCAGUACCUGAGCCGCCUGAAGCAGGGAGACAAAGACGCCCUGGAGCAGAGUCUGGACCCGGCGGUGACGGAGUGGGAGCGCAGCAGGGAGAGGGAGGAGUUCGCCCGAGCCUCCAUCCUGUACAGACCCACCUCCUCCUCGCUCUCCUCCCGCUUCACCAGCGCCAAACAGCAGGAGGAUGACGACAGCGUGGAGGUCAAGCGUGACGAGGAGGGCGACGUGGACGACAAACAGGCUGCCGUCAAUAUGAAGAUGUUCGGGAAACUGACCAGAGAAACGUUCGAGUGGCAUCCGGACAAACUGCUCUGCAAGAGGUUCAACGUGCCCCACCCGUACCCCGGGUCGAGCAUGGUGGGUCUGCCCAAAGUGAAGAGAGACAAGUUUUCAGUCUUCAACUUCCUGACUGUGACGGAGAGCAGAGAACCUCCAGCUCCUCCAAAGCCUCCGGGGGCUGGGAAGAGGUCUCGGUGGGACGUUUCAGACCAGGAGGGGGAGAAGAAGAACGACCCCCUUAGUGAGCUGCUCAGCGCUGCACGAAACCAAAGCGAGGUCAAACUGGAACAAACCUCCGUACCUGCUUUACCUGCGUCCACCAGCACCGACGAUCAGACCCCAACCGGCAGAGCGGAGGAGACAAAGUCAGCGGGUCGGCCGAGCUCAGACGAGAAGAAAGGAGGUGACGAAGACCAGGAGGAGGAGGAGGAAGAGGAGGAGAGCCGGCCUCACAUGGAUCUGUUCAAAGCCAUCUUCGCCGGCUCCUCUGAUGAGAAAUCCUCCUCUUCAUCCGAGGGAGAGAGCGACGAUGAGGAGGCCGUGAAGGAGGAGGAGCUCAAAGUCGAGCCGCAGCCGCUGAAUCUCUUCAACAUCACCUCCUCGCUCACCUCCUCCGCCACCACCGCGUCGGGCCAGCAGGCGGCGGCGGUUUCAUCUCAGAACUCGACUCAAGAACAAGAAGAAGAAGAGUUUGGUCCGAAGCUGCCGCCUCCUUCAGCUGCUCUCAUGAGAGGAGGCGCCACCUCCGCCUGCUCCCCCCGUGAGGAGGAGAAACCCAACAAGAGGAGCAGAGAGAAGAAACACAAGAACAAGAAGCAGCACAAACACAAGAAGGAGAAGAAGAAGAAGAAACAUAAGAAGCACAAACACAAAGGGAAACAGCAGAAGAAGAGUAAGAAGGAGGCGUCGGACAGCAGCUCAGAGGACAGUGAUGAGGACAGCGACGGCGAACGUGUGUCGACAGAGGAGCUGCUGAAAAGACUGAAAAAGGUCCAGUCCCAUCAGACCUGGUGAGGAACCAGGAAGUGUGUCCUCUGUGAGGACGAACAACCCGAAAAUCACACAACAGAGUUGACCUCCGGUCUUCUUUAAUUUUACACAACAGACAACCUGUUGUUUUGUUCAUUUAAAUAAUAAAAUGUCCCUCGUUUAACGUUG